UGUCUCCAGUGGACCCCUGAAGGCAGACGUCUGGUCACCGGGGCCUCCAGCGGAGAGUUCACGCUGUGGAACGGACUCACCUUCAACUUUGAGACCAUUUUACAGGCCCACGACAGUCCGGUCCGGGCGAUGACCUGGUCUCACAACGACAUGUGGAUGCUGACGGCGGACCACGGGGGCUACGUGAAGUACUGGCAGUCCAACAUGAACAACGUCAAGAUGUUCCAGGCUCACAAGGAGGCCAUUAGAGAAGCCAGUUUUUCUCCGACAGAUAAUAAAUUUGCCACCUGCUCAGACGACGGCACGGUUCGGAUCUGGGACUUCCUGCGCUGCCACGAGGAGAGGAUCCUCAGAGGUCACGGUGCAGAUGUGAAGUGUGUGGACUGGCAUCCCACUAAAGGUCUGGUGGUCUCCGGCAGUAAGGACAGCCAGCAGCCAAUCAAAUUCUGGGACCCAAAGACGGGACAGAGUCUGGCCACACUACACGCCCACAAGAACACGGUGAUGGAGGUGAAGUGGAACCUGAACGGGAACUGGCUGCUGACCGCGUCACGUGACCACCUGUGCAAACUGUUUGACAUCAGGAACCUGAAGGAGGAGCUGCAGGUGUUCAGAGGACACAAGAAGGAGGCCACAGCUGUAGCCUGGCAUCCGGUCCAUGAAGGCCUGUUUGCCAGCGGCGGCUCUGACGGCUCUCUGCUCUUCUGGCACACCGGGGUGGAGAAGGAGGUGGGGGGGAUGGAGAUGGCCCAUGAGGGGAUGAUCUGGAGUCUGGCCUGGCACCCGCUGGGUCACAUCCUCUGCUCCGGCUCCAACGACCACACCAGUAAGUUCUGGACCAGGAACCGGCCCGGUGAUAAGAUGAGAGACCGCUACAACCUGAACCUGCUGCCGGGCAUGUCAGAGGACGGCAUGGAGUACGACGACAUGGACCUGAACAGCGUGGCGUCCAUCCCCGGCAUGGGGAUCCCCGAGCAGCUGAAGGCCGCCAUGGAGCAGGAGCAGAGCAGUAAAGAGGCGGCUCCGGAGGUGGAGAUGUCCAUCCCGGGUCUGGACUGGGGCAUGGACGAGGUCAUGGGUAAAGACACCAAGAAGGUCCCGCAGAAGAAAGUCCCGUACGCCAAACCCAUCCCAGCGCAGUUCCAGCAGGCCUGGGCGGAGAACAAAGUUCCCAUGAUGCCUCCCGGUGGAGAACUGUCCAAAGACCGGAAGGUGGAGCAGAAGGUGGACGGGAAGAAGAAAACUCAGGCCGAGAUGGAGCAGGAGAUGGCAGCUCUACAGUACACCAACCCCAUGCUGCUGGAGCAAAUGAAGAUGAACCAGAUGAACUCAGACGGGAACAUGGGCCCCCCACAGGGUCAAGGCCCUAUGCCCCCCUUCUCUGGCCCUGGAGGUCCUGGGGGCCCCAUGCCUCCUGGCCAGCAGGGCUUUCCCCCAAACAUGCCUCCUCAGCAGAUGCCCAAUAACAUGGGGCCUCCAAUGGGCCCCGGAGGCAUGCAGCCUCCUUUCAUGCCCCCUGGACAACACAGUGGACAGAUGGGGCCCCCUUCUGGACCCCAGCCUCACCAGGGGCCCCCUCAGGGCAUGAUGGGACCACCGGACAUGCAAGGACCCCAAGGUAUGCAGAGACACCCUGGCCCGCCCAGAAAUAUGGGCCCACAAGGGCCGCACGGUAUGGGACCCAGAGGGAUGCCCCAUGGGAACAUGAUGGGCCCCCCUCCUCGAGGAAUGGGUCCCAGGGAUCCUCAGGGGCCCCCACCUCAGGGCGGCAUGAUGCCGCCUCAGGGGAACAUGAUGGGCCCCCAGGGCGGGAUGAUGGGGCCCCCACCCAGGACACACGGCAACGCGCCGAACAACUAUGGGAUGGGGCCUCCUGGUAACAUGCACGGGCCUCCUGGUAACAUGCAGGGGCCCCCUGGUAACAUGCAGGGGCCCCAUGGAAACAUGCAAGGACCCCCAGGCAAUAUACAAGGACCCCAUGGAAACAUGCAGGGACCUCCAGGAAACAUGCAGGGACCCCCAUACAUGCAGCACCAGGGUCCGAACUCGGGGCCUAUGAUGCACGGGAUGGGGCAGCAGGGGCCCAACGGCAAAGACCCUCGGGGGCCACCACCAAACCACCACAUGGGCCCUCCGGACCGGCAGGGUCCCGGUGGGCCAGACCAGGGCUCGGGUCCCUACUGGGGGGACAACCAGCAGGGCCGACGAGGCCCGCAGGACUUUGACGGAGGCCAGGACUUCCACAGCCGAGGGGAGGAGGGCUGGAGACCUGGACCGGGACCUGGACCUGGAUACCAGGGCGGAGGAGGGGGGGGACACAGGGGGGGAGGGCCCCGAGGAGGGGGGGGCAACGGAGGGAACUGGGGCCCCGACGAGAGGUUCACCGGCGGAGAGUUCAGAGGACGCAGAGACGACAGGUUCAGAGGCGGUCCCGGCCGGCCCGACCUCCAUUCCCCCACUGGUGUUCCCCCCCCAUUCCCCCCUGCUGCUUUGGUGUUCCCCCGGCACUGGUGUUCCCCCCCUUUCCCCACUGGUGUUCCCGUCUCAUUUCCCCCUGCUCUGCGGUGUUUCCCUCUCUUCCUGUGUGUGUGUGUGUGUGUGUGUGUGUGUGUGUAUGCUCUGCUACGUUUCCCCCUCUCAUUCAUUGAGCAGACUCUUAUUGUGGCGGUUGUCUCCUUCCUGUCUGCAGGUCACGAUGGUUAUCGGGACGGCCAGAUGCAUGAUGGGUCGUCUGCGGCGGGCCGCGAGCGCCCGUCCUCCCUGCAGGGGAUGGACAUGGCGUCUCUGCCGCCACGGAAACGCCCGUGGCAGGACGGGCCCGGGACCGGAGACCCCCGAGAGAGAGAGGCCCCCGCAGCCGACGGAGGUUACCCCCCCCAGAGGGAGGACGGGGGCUACGGUCCGCCUGUUCGAGGCGGGCGGGGGGGCUGGGGUCCUGGAGGACCGGGACCAAGGCGGGGUGGACCGGCGCCUAGGGGACCACCCAGGGGGGGCGUCCGGGGCCGGUAGUCCCGAAGAACCAAACUCCCAUGAUCCUCCUCUUCGAGUCCAGACCCUGAGACAAACUUUUGGUCCCGUCAGAUCUCUGCUGCUGCGACGAACGCUGGCUUCUGAUUGGUCCGUACGUACGGACAGGAAGCAGUCACCGGAGGCGACAGGAAGCGGAGAUGAUUUUAAUGUAAAAUAUUGUAGAGAAUCGUCAGCCGUCUCUUUUAUUUCGGAGUCACCUGUGUGUCGUCUUGUUGCUUUUUUGUAAAAGAUUUCUAUGUUUUUGUGUUUUCACCGAGGUGAAAAAUAAAGAUUCACACACAUCGA